AUGUCGCCACGCGUAGGGUUUGUACGGUGGGGAGGCCGUCUCCCGUUUUUGAACUCGAGCCGUUCAGGGCCCCAUACAGUAGCUGAUGCGGGAAGCGGUAGUCACUACGAAUUCGCAUUGAGCCACGCAACCAGCGUAUCGAAGGCCAUCCCCACUCCCUCACGCAGCAGCCUGCAGUCCGCCAACGCUUGUUCGGAUCCUUCGCGCGACAACUGCGACGUCAACUCCUUACGCUGUGGUUCAGCUUCCAACCGCCCAACGGGGUUAGACAUCGCCAUCAACAACCGCCACGCAGCAGCUUCCGUACCGCCCUCUACUGCAAGAGUUUUGACCACUAGUUUAGAUUGA